GGAAUUUCAGAAAUGGUUUCAUACAUCAGCAGCCUGGAGGCUGGAUGUGAUUCGCUGUAUUUAUCAGCUUGCUCUCUCCCACAAUUCAACAGGCACCAGAAGGAGAGAAGAAGAGGGCGACAGAAAGUAUUUAAAUAAAUAGAUUGUUGUUGAAGUAUUACAAUACAACAUAAAUAACCAUAGCUAAAACGGGGAACUAUUGCAACACACUUUGGUUUAAUUUUUUUUGUAGCUAGCGAGAUACAGUUGCUUUCACGAAAUGUCUUCGACUGCUAAGCUAGCCGACUGGCUAAACUAAGUAGCUAGCAAGUUAGCUCAGCUCGGUUCCGGCCUAAAAUAGCUAACGUUAGCUCCAUUUUCAGAUUUCGGGAAAACCACAAUUCAAGUGUACAUUACCACGUAUGCAGAUGUUCAUCUAACGAAACCAAGGGAAAGCUGAUGGAACGUUAGUCCAACUGAGUCACCAAUUCUAGUCAUGCAAUGGGGAUGAGCGCUCUGCAGUGUAUAUGACCAGCUGUCUCCAGCCUGAUGGGAGGACUCUGUGGAUAGCAGCACCGUCUUCAGGACUCCAGGAGGAGAGUAGCCGCCCCUGCCAAGGAGGGCCGUUCAGAAUGAAGAAAAUCAGCCUUAAGACCAUCCGCAAGUCCCUCAACAUCAAGGUCAAGGAGGAAGGAGGGGGGGACUUUGUCAUGCUCCAGCAGCCCUCGCUAGCGGCUGACUUCUCCAAGGAGGACUCGCUCUUUGGGGGCUGCUACACUAAAGAUCUUGCGGGCUGCAACCUGGGAAUUGGUGAUGUGGGAGAGGAGAAGGCGGGACACAACAAGGGCCGGUCUAAGAGCGAGAGCCUGAUGGGUUCUCUGAAGAGGAGGCUGUCGGCCAAGCAGAAGGCCAAGGUCAAAGGUGGCUCAUUAGCCAUGGGGUCGGCUGACGAUGAUGACACCUUCUCCUCCUCCUCGGUCCCAAUCAGCUUCAACGAGGUCAAGGCCCAGCGUCCGUUACGAUCAGCGUCGCUCCGUAGCCACCAUUACAGCCCAUCUCCCUGGCCCCUGCGGCCUGUCGCUUCAGAUGAGGCCUGCAUCAAAAUGGAGGUGAAGGUUAAAGCCAUGGUCCAUUCCCCCAGCCCAAACCUGAAUGGCGUGCGGAAGGAGUUCCACCACCAUGACUUUCAGAUGGAGAACAUCUUCCAGGAGCAGGCCGAGUCCCUGAAGAACCUCCAGCAGCCGCAGAACGGAGACUUGAACAUUGACAAACACGUGCCUGUAGUCCUGGGCCUCACGCCGCAGGACUACAUCCAGUACACCAUGCCUUUAGAUGAGGGAAUGUACCCAGAGGGGUCCCACUCUGUCUCUCACUCCUUCUGCCUGGACAGGUCCUCGCCCAUGGAGGUGGUGACGGAGGUGGACAGUAGCUCCCUCCACGCCGACCACCAGAGUCAGGAGGACCAGGAUCUGGUGAGUCUGAACCGGAACCUUCCAGCGGACCUCUUCAUGGAGUCACAAUCGGUGAACGGCCUCUUCAUCGGCUCUAACGGUGUGAUGCUCCAUAGCUGCAGGGACAGGGUCAACGCUCAACAACACCCCGCUCCUCCCCAGCGCUCCCCUCUCCUGCCCGCUCUACCCAGCAACAACAUCCCCAGGACUUACUCCAGGUUCGGCGGGGCAGACGGCCACAUGGCGGCCCGGGUGAGGCAACAUCUGAACUUUGACCUUGACUCUGCUCCGGGGGUGAGUCGGCUGUAUGACUCAGUCCGGAGCAGUGGACCAAUGGUGGUAACCAGCCUGACUGAGGAGCUGAAGAAGCUAGCCAGGCAGGGUUGGUACUGGGGACCUAUCACACGCUGGGAGGCCGAGGAGAAGCUGGUCAACCUGCCUGACGGCUCGUUUCUGGUCAGGGACAGCUCGGACGACAGGUACCUCCUCAGCCUGAGUUUCCGCUCCCAGACCAAGACCCUCCACACCCGCAUUGAACACUCCAACGGACGCUUCAGCUUCUAUGAGCAGCCUGAUGUGGAGGGACACACGUCCAUGGUGGACCUGAUAGAAUUCUCCGUCAAAGACUCUGAGAACGGAGCCUUCUGUUAUUCUAGAUCUCGCUUACCUGGGUCCGCCACAUACCCCGUCAGGCUGACCAAUCCCGUGUCUCGGUUUAUGCACGUGCGCUCCCUGCAGUACCUGUGUCGGUUUGUGAUCAGACAGUAUACCAGGAUUGACCUAAUUCAGAACCUGCCUUUGCCCAACAAGAUGAAAGACUACCUGCAAGAGAAGCACUACUGACUCGGUUGACACAGACGUGAGAUGGGACAGACGACGUUAGCAACUUGCACUUUUGUGUUCAGUUUAAGAGAUUCAACAAAGGUUUACAGACAUUCGUAGUUUGGAGACGAUCGAUUGGGUUCCAUUGGCUCUUUGUUUGUGUCCAGGGAUGUCUGAAAUGGAACCCUAUUCUGUAUGUAGUGCACUACUUUUCCCCAGAGCACUCGCUUAAAGUAGUGCACUGUAUAGGGUGUCAUUUCAGAUUACUCCUUGGUUAUUUUUGUUAGUGUCCAGUCCUCCAUUUCUCAGUUAUGGUUAAGUCAUUGUGGCCACGCCUCCAGAGUGACAUCAUUGAAUCUGUCAGGAAGUGUGCAGCGUGACUAAGUUACAGCUAACAACAUUUAUCAGCAGUGAGAUCUAAAGAUCAAUAUUUCUCUCCCCAGUUGCUGUAGAAAACUGUAAACGCUAGAAUGGCAAGUUCAGCCUUCUGAAUAAUGUCAAUAUUUUGCCUUCUGACUGAAAUUUACAGAUUAAAAAAUAUACAUUUCAUUUAAUUCACUGCAGCCUUUUAAGAUGUCAAAUCCAAGCCAGCUUUUAAGUGAAACCGUAAUGAAAUGCAUAUCCAGUCAGAUUUGUUUUAUGCUUCAUUUGGCAAUUUAUUUGAAAGAUCUCCAACAACUCUAAACGCAAUGGGGCGGAUCUUUUGACAAACAAUUUUUUUUAUUUACAUUUUUUUGCAUAAACAAGUUUAUCCUCUUAAUUUCUGAGUUCUUAAACAGGGUUAAUUCAACCUUAUUUGUCAUCCAUCAAGUUGGUUAAUGACAACUGCUAAUAAGAAGUGUAAGCUGUAUGUGGGUGCAUGUAGACAACUUUCUCUCUCCCACUAUAAUGGUACUAUUAGGAAAGAUACAGGAUGGUUUCUGUGUCGCCAUGCACUUCAACUUAAUAAGCAUGCAUCAAUAUCAUCGCUUUUUAAAGGCAAAUAUCAGUAAGUAAUUAACCUGAAGAUAAACAUUUAACUGCUUCUCUAUUAGGAGUGUCAGAAAAGGCUGCCCUAGGACCAAUUUAAGUGCCAUGUUCAGUGCAGUAUGCUUAGCUCUGUGUGCAUGAAGGGUGUUUGAACGGUCAGACGCUGUAGAAACUUGGGCCUACUCAGUACACGGGACAGGAGUAUCGACUGUAAAAAGGGAGUCACAUUUUCAUUUCUACAGCAACAUUUAUCACUAAACACAUUUUAAGGAAACCUUGUGAGAAGGAAUCUCAAAAAUGGGGCUGCUUAGGUCGAGGCAUUUGAGGGGGGGGAAGCCAGAAUAGAUGAAUAUUGGAGCCCCUUCCUCAUAUUUGGGAGGUCGCAAGGAGAGUGGGAGAGGAGAUGUACAUGACAGAAUUCCCUCCCAGUGCAGUAAUGUCCUGCUCCAUGGAGAAUGAGAUUGAGGCUUUUGUGGGAAGUUUGCCCAAUGACUUGCAUGAGUGAUGUCAUACUCUCGACUUCAUGGCAGUUUUCCAGUUUGACAAUUUUAAAAUGGAUCCACUGUCAUGCUUAUUGUCAAUGUUAACCUACAUAUUCACAGUCUGGCUGGGCUGUUUGUAUCAGAACAAAAGGGAGAAAAUAAUACUCGGUAUGCUAUGCAAGUGAUUUCUAAACAGAUACUUUGACAAGGAAUCAAAGUUUUACGUAUGUUAAAAGGAUCUCUGACUACUUUGGUAGGCUGGUAGAUAUGUAUAGUCUAGACCUAGGUAGUAAUGAUCUGUUGGUAUCUAAGGUGGUUACCAUGACACCCGGAUAGCAGAGGGUAGAUAAGAUCAGACGUUGUCCGCACGUUUCAAAAGUGUUGCAUAAAGAUUUGUUGGCAUUUUAUUGCUUUGAAAUGUAUAAGAAUGAAGGAUGUAGGUAAUGUUGUCAGUCUGGUGUAGAAGGAUUGUUCUACUCAGUUAUAUCACCAUCACCAGCUGGGUGUUCUGUGUGCAACGGAGUUUUGAAUAUUUGUUUUAUUUCCUGUGACUUGUGACAUUCAGCUGUCAUUUUGGGGACUAGUAGGGUGUUUGUUCCAGGUUAUACCAGGGAAAUGGCUGUGUGAGAGGAUAUACCAAGGGAAUGGCUGUAUGCAUGUUUUAGCAAGGUAAAAUAUUUUGCUUCAUAUAAGACAAAAAUCUCCACUUACUUGAAGAUAAAGCCACAUUUCUGGGCACGGUUCUUCACUGUACUGUUGACUGGUAAAUCUCCAUUGUUUCCCCUUACUAAUAUUGUCCCUGGAAUAACAGCAUUAAAACAUGUCACAACACACAGUCCAACAUAUGAUUUCUCCAGAGCACACACAGGUGGGGUACCUGUUAAUGAAAUGAACUGAAUUUUGUUAUGUCUAUGGGAUACAAAGGGUAAGACACCAGUGUCAUAUCUAAGACUGUUGCUAGGUUAUCAAGGACCAACGAUGACUAGAAUGUGGAACAUUGAAUUGAAGAAAACAAAUGUGAAAUGAAAAUGUUUAAUUGUUUGACGAAUGUACGCUUAGUUGUAUUUUAUUAUUUUAUUCAGGGUCCGCACAAAGUGCUUGAGGUGCUUAAAGUAAUUGAAUUUGACACUCUGAAAUUCAAGUACUGGAAUACCUUGAAAAUCUGACAAUUUCUCCAGUUGGUACAUGAAAAGUACUUGAUCAAAUAUGUUUAAGAAAAAUAUUGCAAAAAAUUGUAUUGGUCUUGCAUAUUAAAUUCCAGGCAGACUACAGAGUGUUAUUUCUUCACGUUUGGCGCUCUGGCUGCCAGGCGACCACAGAACUGACUGAUUAUGCGCCACCAAACGUCACGUCGAUAGCUAAAACGCUGGUCAAAUGUAGAUUAAAUCCUGCCUUUUGUGCAUAUGGAACAUUUCUGGGUUCUUUUGUUUGAGCUCAUGAAAUAUAGGACCAACACCUUACAUGUUGGGUUAUAUAUUUUUGAUCAGUGUAGUUUACCCACCUUUAAAAAAAAAAAAAAAAAAGUUUAUCACUACAUCACUGGACCCAAUCAAGCCACACCGUGUAAGGUGCAAACAAUGCGUCAGACUUUGACAUGGCGAGCAUGGGUGAAUCGAGCUUUUUUUUUUUUACCAACCGCCUCAUUCACGCAUCGCCAGUGAAAUUACGCUUUAUUAAGCCUCAGCCGUGCUCCUGCCGUUCUGCUGGCCAUUCAGGUGCCGUUUUCCUCACACAGCCCACCCAGCCUUCUCCCGACCCGCGACUCUAGAGCUGCCAUUCGGGAAAAAAUAUGCUUUGGCGUAGCUAUUAAGUAGUAGAUGCCCAAUAAAAACACAGUAGUCCUAAAGCUGGAAUCGUGUCGUAAUGUGAAUAGGAAAUGCGUUCACCAUAAGGAAAUGCCCAAAACUCUGCUCAUCACUACACAAAUUACAACAUCAGUACUGACUUACCGUUCAUGUAUGUAAUAAAUAAGUAGAGAAAUAAUUUAUUAUUGAGUAGAAUUUGUAAGGUACUGGUGAAAUAAUAAGUUGUUUUUUUCCAUGAGGUUGUGGUGAUAUACUGCCAUCUGGUGGUGACUAGAAGCAAUUGCAUAAAAGGAACUAUUACAAAUUGAUGGCCCUUGAAAAAAAUAUUGGUGCUUGAAAAAGUACUUAGGUCCUUGAUUUUGACUUACCACUGUCUGUAUGAACCCUGAUGUAUUGUGUGGCAGAGCCAGACAAAGAGAUCCCCAAUUGGCUAAACACUCACUGAGACGUUAUUAUGAUACUUCAGUAGCCCGUGACUUGUUUUGUUCAUUAUCACUCUGAGUCAUUGCCUUAUGUGUGAGUUUUAGGGGUUGACGCUUGUUCAAACUACUAAAGCAUUUUUGAAUUCAUAAGUUGUUUAGUAGUUGGCGAACAAGCUUCACCCAUUUUAUAUUGUUUGUUUGUUUGCGCAUCUCUGCAAAUGAAGGUGAUUGUUUACAAUGAUUUGGUAAAUACCUGUUUUUAUCCACAUCUUGUUUAUCCUCGCUCCUAUCAUGGACAUCUUUGGUACAAUUUAAAAACAUUUUUUUUGUGUGUUUUACACAUUUGUGUUACUUCAUGAACAUGAUAUUGCCUUGUAUUAAACUAUGGGGAAAGAGAAUGUCGCCAUUUUGAAAUAUGUACACACAAUGACUUGUUAUCUUGGGAGAACAAAGUAGAUUUGUAAACAGUUUUAGUCAAUGUAAAUAUCAUUAGUAGCUAUUAGUAAGUCCUUAUUAGGAAAAAAAAAACUUCAGUUUACAUUUUCUUUUCUUUUGAAAAAUAAACGAUAGUGAUUUAUUGCACACUUUUGGAUACAGUUGAAGUUUUUGUAUAAAUUAUAAAUAAAAACUAUAUUCCGA